CCAACAGCUCUUCCUCCUUCUGAGCCGAAAGUAGAUCAGAAACUUCCCAGGAGCUCCGAGAGGCGGGGAAGUGGCGGUGGGACGCGAUACCCCGCGAGGAGCCAGGCCGUGGCAGCGGGAGAAGCGGCGGUCGGAGGCGCGGCGGGGCCGGCGAGAAGCGACCCCCCGGGGGGACAGAGCCUCCCCUCGCCGCCUUUGUAGUUGAGAAGGUGGAGAAGUGGCAGCCGGCGUGCUCGCAGGGAAGCGGGGCCGGCGCGGCGGCCGAGGGUCCGGGUGAGCCCGCGGGCGGACACGAGAUGCCGCUGCUACACCGAAAGCCGUUUGUGAGACAGAAGCCGCCCGCGGACUUGCGGCCCGACGAGGAAGUUUUCUACUGUAAAGUCACCAACGAGAUCUUCCGCCACUACGAUGACUUUUUUGAACGAACCAUUCUGUGCAACAGUCUGGUGUGGAGUUGUGCUGUGACGGGUAGACCUGGACUGACCUAUCAGGAAGCACUUGAGUCAGAAAAAAAAGCAAGACAGAAUCUUCAGAGUUUUCCAGAACCACUAAUUAUUCCAGUUUUAUACUUGACCAACCUUACCCAUCGUUCACGCUUACAUGAAAUUUGUGAUGAUAUUUUUGCGUAUGUCAAGGAUCGAUAUUUUGUUGAAGAAACUGUGGAAGUCAUUAGGAACAAUGGUGCAAGGUUACAGUGUAGGAUUUUGGAAGUCCUCCCUCCAUCACACCAAAAUGGUUUUGCUAAUGGACAUGUCAGCAAUAUAGAUGGAGAAACUAUUAUCAUCAGUGAUAGUGAUGAUUCAGAAACACAAAACAGUUCUUUUCAAAAUGGGAAGAAGAAAGAUACAAUCGAUCCCUUAUUAUUCAAGUACAAGGUGCAACCCACUAAAAAAGAAUUGUAUGAGUGUGCUAUUGUUAAAGCAACACAAAUCAGCCGGAGAAAACACCUAUUUUCUCGUGAUAAACUAAAGCUUUUUCUGAAGCAACACUGUGAACCACAAGAUGGAGUCAUUAAAAUUAAGGCAUCAUCUCUUUCAACAUAUAAAAUAGCAGAACAAGAUUUUUCUUAUUUUUUCCCUGAUGAUCCACCCACAUUUAUCUUCAGUCUGGCUAACAGAAGAAGAGGGAGACCUCCCAAACGAGUAUCUGUUAGUCAGGAGGACAGCAUUGCUAAUAAACAGACUGUUGCAGGUUAUAGGAACAGAGCUACUAAAGAAAGAGACAAACUUUUGAAACAAGAAAUGAAGUCACUGGCUUUUGAAAAGGCUAAAUUAAAAAGAGAAAAAGCAGAUGCCCUAGAGGCAAAGAAAAAAGAAAAGGAAGAUAAAGAGAAAAAGAAGGAAGAAUUGAAGAAAAUUGUUGAAGAAGAGAGACUGAAGAAGAAAGAAGAAAAAGAGAGGCUUAAAAUAGAAAGAGAAAAGGAAAGAGAGAAAUUGCGUGAAGAAAAGAAAAAGUAUAUGGAAUACUUAAAACAGUGGAGUAAACCUAGAGAAGAUAUGGAAUGUGAUGAUCUUAAGGAACUUCCAGAACCAACUCCAGUGAAAACUAGACUACCUCCUGAAAUCUUUGGUGAUGCUCUGAUGGUUUUGGAGUUCCUUAAUGCAUUUGGGGAGCUUUUUGACCUUCAAGAUGAGUUUCCUGAGGGAGUUACUCUAGAAGUGUUAGAGGAAGCUCUUGUAGGAAAUGACAGUGAAGGCCCACUAUGUGAAUUGCUUUUUUUCUUCCUGACUGCCAUCUUCCAGGCGAUAGCUGAAGAAGAAGAGGAAGUAGCCAAAGAGCAAAUAACUGAUGCUGACACCAAAGAUUUAACGGAGGCUUUGGAUGAAGAUGCAGACCCCACAAAAUCUGCACUGUCUGCAGUUGCAUCUUUGGCAGCUGCAUGGCCGCAGUUGCACCAGGGCUGCAGUUUGAAAAGCUUGGAUCUUGAUAGCUGCACACUUUCUGAAAUCCUCAGACUACACAUCUUAGCUUCAGGUGCUGAUGUAACAUCAGCAAAUGCAAAGUACAGGUAUCAGAAACGAGGAGGAUUUGAUGCUACAGAUGAUGCCUGUAUGGAGCUUCGUUUGAGCAACCCCAGUCUAGUGAAGAAACUGUCAAGCACUUCAGUGUAUGAUUUGACGCCAGGAGAAAAAAUGAAGAUACUUCAUGCUCUCUGUGGGAAACUACUGACCCUAGUUUCUACUAGGGAUUUCAUUGAAGAUUAUGUUGACAUAUUACGACAGGCAAAGCAGGAGUUUCGGGAGUUAAAAGCAGAACAACAUCGAAAAGAGAGGGAAGAAGCAGCUGCUAGAAUUCGUAAAAGGAAAGAAGAAAAACUUAAGGAGCAAGAACAAAAAAUGAAGGAGAAACAAGAAAAACUAAAGGAAGAUGAGCAAAGAAAUUCAGUUGCAGAUAUAUCUAUUGGGGAAGAAGAAAGGGAAGAUUUUGAUACUAGCACUGAGAGCAAAGAAAUAGAGCAAAAGGAACAAGAUCAAGACACAGUUACUGAGGAUGAAGAUGACCCAGGAUCCCAUAAAAGAAGCAGAAGGGGGAAAAGGGGACAAAAUGGAUUUAAAGAAUGUACAAGGCAAGAAGAGGUCAACUGUGUAACAAGAGAGCCUCUUACUGCUGAUGAGGAAGAAGCUUUAAAACAGGAACACCAACGAAAAGAGAAAGAGCUCUUAGAAAAAAUCCAAAGUGCCAUAGCAUGUACCAAUAUCUUUCCCUUGGGCCGCGACCGCAUGUAUAGGCGGUAUUGGAUUUUCCCUUCUAUUCCUGGAUUGUUUAUUGAAGAGGAUUAUUCUGGUCUCACUGAAGACAUGCUGUUGCCUAGACCUUCAUCAUUUCAGGAUAAUGUACAGCCUCAAGAUCCUCAGGUAUCCACUAAAACUGGAGAUUCUUUGAUGUCUGAAUCUACCUCCAGCAUUGACCAAGGUCCGUGUGAUGAUUCUGUGCAGCUGCCAAAACCAGUGCAUAAGCCAAAUCGGUGGUGCUUUUACAGUUCGUGUGAACAGCUGGACCAGCUUAUUGAAGCUCUUAAUUCUAGAGGACAUAGAGAAAGUGCCUUAAAAGAAACUUUGUUGCAAGAGAAACGCAGAAUAUGUGCACAGCUAGCCCGUUUUUCUGAAGAGAAAUUUCAUUUUUCAGACAAACCUCAAACUGAUAGCAAACCUACAUGUAGUCGGGGAAGAUCUUCCAAUGCAUACGAUCCAUCUCAGAUGUCUGCAGAAAGGCAGCUUGAGUUGAGGCUGAGAGAUUUUCUUUUGGAUAUUGAAGACAGAAUUUACCAAGGAACAUUAGGAGCAAUCAAGGUUACAGACCGAAGCGUCUGGAGAUCAGCAUUAGAAAGUGGACGGUAUGAGCUGUUAAAUGAGGAAAACAAGGAAAAUGGUAUAAUUAAAACUGUGAAUGAAGAUGUAGAGGAGAUGGAAAUUGAUGAACAAGCAAAGGUCAUAGUAAAAGACAGCUUACGAGAACUCCUAGAGAUUGAGGGAAACUAUUUCUUACACAGUACUCUCUACUUAUUCAAGUUUGCUUCAGAGAAAGAAUUCUUAGCCCAGCCUUAUCAAUCAUAUUCUGAGAUACUGGGAGGAGAAAGAAUACUACUUUUGGGCAUAAAAACAGAAUCUCCAAGUACUGUCUCAACUAAUGCAAGUACACCGCAGUCAGUGAGCAACGUGGUUCAUUAUCUUGCAAUGGCACUCUUUCAAAUAGAGCAGGGCAUUGAGCGGCGUUUUCUCAAAGCUCCACUUGAUGCCAGUGACAGUGGGCGUUCUUAUAAAACAGUCCUGGACCGUUGGAGAGAGUCUCUCCUUUCUUCUGCCAGUCUAUCCCAAGUCUUUCUUCAUCUCUCCACCUUGGAUCGUAGUGUAAUAUGGUCUAAGUCUAUACUGAAUGCCCGUUGCAAGAUAUGCCGAAAGAAGGGUGAUGCUGAAAACAUGGUACUUUGUGAUGGCUGUGAUCGGGGUCAUCAUACCUACUGUGUUCGACCAAAGCUCAAGACUGUGCCUGAAGGAGAUUGGUUUUGUCCAGAGUGUCGGCCAAAGCAACGUUCUAGAAGACUCUCCUCUAGACAGAGACCAUCCUUAGAAAGUGAUGACGAGAUGGAAGAUAGUAUGGAAGGUGAGGAUGAUGAAGUUGAUGAUGAUGAUGAAGAGGGUCAAAGUGAGGAGGAAGAGUAUGAGGUAGAACAAGAUGAAGAUGAUUCUCAAGAAGAGGAAGACGUCAGCCCACUAAAACGAAGAAGACCACAAGUUAGAUUACCAAUUAAAACAAGAGGGAGAUUUAGCUCUUCUUUCUCAAGUCGUGGCCAACGACAAGAUCCUGGAAGAUAUACUUCAAGGAGUCAGCAGAGUACACCGAAAACAACUGUUUCUUCUAAAGCUACUGGUAGAAGCCUAAGAAAGAUAAAAUCUGCUCCUCCUACAGAAACUAAAUCUUUAAGAAUUGCCAGUCGUUCUACUCGCCAGAGUCAUGGCCCACUGCAAGCAGAUGUAUUCCUGGAACUACUAAGUCCUCGUAGAAAACGCAGAGGCAGGAAAAGUGCUAAUAAUACACCAGAAAAUAGUCCCAACUUCCCUAACUUCAGAGUCAUUGCCACAAAGUCAAGUGAUCAGUCAAGAUCUCUAAAUGUUGCUUCAAAACUUUCUCUCCAAGAUAGUGAAUCCAAGAGAAGAGGCAGGAAAAGACAAUCUACAGAAUCAUCUCCUAUGACACUUAAUCGAAGGAGUUCAGGUCGACAGGGAGGAGUUCAUGAAUUGUCCGCUUUUGAACAACUUGUUGUGGAAUUGGUACGGCAUGAUGACAGCUGGCCUUUUUUGAAACUCGUUUCUAAAAUCCAGGUCCCAGACUAUUAUGACAUCAUCAAAAAGCCCAUUGCCUUAAAUAUAAUUCGUGAAAAAGUGAACAAAUGUGAAUAUAAACUAGCAUCUGAGUUUAUCGAUGAUAUUGAGUUAAUGUUUUCGAACUGCUUUGAGUACAACCCUCGUAACACAAGUGAAGCAAAAGCUGGAACUAGGCUGCAAGCAUUUUUUCAUAUUCAGGCUCAAAAACUUGGACUCAACAUCACACCUGGGAAUGUGGAUCAAGUUAGCACACCACCAGCUGCAAAAAAGUCACGAAUCUGAUUUUGUCUUUCUAAAGGAUAUAUUUGAAGAAAACAAAUUGUUCAUGAAAAUGGAACAUUAAAUCAUGCUCUAAAGCAGACAUAUAUGUAUAAAGCAAUAACAACUGAUUGACCACAUUGAAGUGUGGCCUGCACUAUAUUCUCAACUUUAAUAUUAAGCACUCAGGAGAAUGUAGGAAAGAUUUCCUUUGCUACAGUUUUGUUCAGUAUCUAAUAAAUUUGAUAGAUGUAUUGGCUACAGUACUGGUUUACAGAGAUUUUUGUGCAUUUUGAGAUCAUUCAUGUGUCCCAGUAUCUGAAAAAAUAUUUUUUCACCUAUGAUUUAUUUUGUCAUUGACUUUUUUUUAGAAGUGUGGUAUUAAGGGAGAUUUAUCUACACAGAUAAAUCUUCCAUGAUAGCACAGUUUAGAAAAAAGUGUAUACAUCUAAGAACUGUUUAAUGAGCAGAUUCUUUCAACACUAUACAUGAAUGAAUCCAACUUUAUUCCUUGAAGUGCUGUACCAGUGCUGGCUGGAGGUAUUGAGUCUGAGUUUAUUAACUAGAUAUUUAUUUAGCAUUCAAAGUAAUUUGUGAAUUUGUUUUAUAUUUAUAAAAUUUGUACCUGGAAAAUUUUCUUUAAUUUUUUAAACAUUUUAUGGUGUUUUUGUUUUAUUUCUCUAACUUCCUUAAUGAUCUGUCAAUAAAAGGUAACACCCUCCCUUUUCCCUGGCAAUUCUUU